GCAAUAUGCUCGCUCUCUCUCUCUCUCAAGAAACCAGUAAAUUGAUCAAUGGAGACGCACAAGGAGAAGAAAACCAGCCUGGGCCGCCAGAGGAUAGAAAUCAAGAAGAUAGAGAAAAAGAGCCAACUACAAGUCACCUUCUCGAAACGCCGGUCUGGGAUCUUCAGGAAAGCCGGCGAGCUGAGCGUCCUGUGCGGCGCCCGCGUGGCGGUUAUCGUCGCGUCUCCCGCCGGGAAAAUCUUUGCAUUCGGAAGCCCGUCUGUGGACUCUGUCGUCGACCAGUUUCUCGCCGGGAACACUAGUUGGGGCGACUCGGACGCGGAGUUCGACAAUGACGUCCACCGGUUGAGGGACAAGCAUGCCAAGGUCGCCAGGGAGCGCGAAGCGGAGGAAGAGAGAGAAAAAGCGGCGCGCGGAGGCGGCGGAGGUGGGUCGUGGUGGGAACAGAGUCUUGAUGGUUUGGGGUUGAGUGAAUUGGAGCAAUACAAGGCGGCGCUGGAAGUGCUCAAGAGCAAGGUGAUGGGCAGAGCUGAUGAGAUUGCAGCGGCGGAGGCGGAGACGGCGGCGGGCGAUUUGCCCGGAAAUUUCUUGAUCGCUGAUCAUUAUUUUAGCGGCAUUGAUGACGAGCACAAUAGUUUAGGUUUUGACAGUUUUGAUUAUAAUUAGUGAAAGGCUUUGUAGUAGGAGUAUUCAAAUCGUGAGCUAAACUUUUUAGGGGAGAGUUCUUUAGUUCAGUGUUUUAUUGGUUUUUUCCAUGGGUUUAUUUUUCCCAGGAAUGUUUUGAUUAGCCAAUACACGUUUUGAACACUAAUACAAGAACCGUGAUUCAACAA